AUGGCUGCCGCCGUAGCAAACCAGCCCAAGCACGACUGGGCCGACGACGACGAUAUCGAGGAGACCUCCACCGAUCUCCCCGAGCCUCAGACCAUCUCCAACAAGGAUGGAACAAAGACCAUCAUCACAUUUCGUUACGAUGACGAUGGCCGAAAGGUCAAGACCACCCGCCGAAUUCGCUACACCACCCACACCGAGACCGUAAACCCCCGCGUCGCGGACCGAAAAACCUGGCCCAAGUUCGGCCUCAGCGCAAAGGAUCCCCCCGGACCUGCCCCCGACACCACCUCCGUCGGCGAGAACAUUAUCUUCCGACCAAGCGUCAACUGGCGAAAGGCCGAGAAGGAUGAGUCCGCCGACGCCAACGCCCAGUCCAUGAAGGACAAGCUCAAGGACAAGCAGGUCAAGUGCCGUAUCUGCAACGGUCAGCAUUUCACUGCCAGGUGUCCCUACAAGGAUACCAUGGCGCCUAUUGGAGAGACUCCUGCUGGGGAUGUUGCUGCUGGUAUGGGAGACGAGCCCUCAGCUGCUGGUGCGGGUGCCGCUGGUGCCAAGAAGGGUUCAUAUGUUCCUCCUGCUCUGCGUGGAACCGGGACAGCUGGCGAGAGAAUGGGAUCCAAGUUUGGCGAAAGGGACGACUUUGCUACACUGCGUGUCACCAACGUCUCCGAGAUGGCAGAAGAGCAAGAGCUGCGCGACAUGUUCGAGCGCUUCGGCCGCGUCACCCGAGUAUUCCUUGCCAAGGACCGGGAAACCGGUAUGGCCAAGGGCUUUGCGUUCAUCAGCUUCGCGGACCGGGGCGAUGCCGUCAAGGCCUGUGCGAAGAUGGACGGAUUUGGUUUCAAGCAUCUCAUUCUGCGGGUGGAGUUUGCCAAGAAGGCUCAGUAA